AUGAAGGCCAUUGACAUCAUCUGUGUGUUUUCUGCUGCAGGGCUGCCAGAUGAUGAGAUUGAGAAAGGAAAAGACAUCAAGAGCAUCUCAGAGAUCCAUCAGGACGGAAACGAGUUCAAAGUGACGGUGACGGCGGGAACUAAAGUCGUCCUGUACUCGUUUACUGUGGGUGCAGAGUGUGAACUGGAGACCUUCACUGGAGAGAAAGCUAAAACUGUGGUUCACAUGGACGGGAAUAAGCUGAUGGUGUGUUUGAAGGGGAUCGAGUCUGUGACGGAGCUGAACGGAGACACCAUCAUUAAUAUCCUCACCUUCGAUGGCAUCGUCUACCAGAGGAUCAGCAGACGCAUCUCCUGA